AUGUCCGGUCUCGAGAUUGUCGGAAUCGUCGCUAGCAUAGUUCAAGUCGCAGACCUCGGUGCCAAAAUAUCAGUCAACCUUUGCUCUUUCUACCGCACUGUGAAAAAUGCCAACAAUUCUAUGCGAAGUCUCUCUAAUGAUGUGUCUCUUACUUGCAGUGUGCUCCACGAACUUGGUAAAGCUCUCGAGCAGGACUCCGACACGAAAAUUUGCUCGUCUGGGGCUUUCAGCACUACCCAGGAUAUCUUGAAAGAAUGCAGGGAAGUCUUUGAGAAAAUCGACAGUGGAAUUGAGAAGCGUGAGCAGGAAAAAGGAACGAAUCGACGUCUUCGUGGGGCUCAAAAAUUCACAUUGGGGUUCCAAGGGCCAGAUCUGGACUUGUUGAAAAGUAAUCUGGAGAGGUUAAAGUCUACCAUGUUAUUGAUGCUAAAUGUCCUUAUGUACGCGGGGCAGAUUCGCAAGGAUGUUGGACCUGGCAACAUCCACCUCCUCCUCUUCAGCCCUGGAGGCUGCCACUCCAACAGAGGUCAAAGAGUAUACCUCUCUGGUCCGAGGACUGCUCAGCGAGAUCGACAAUUGGUACUCCGGAUUAGGAAUGGUGUCGCCAAUGUGCACUCAGUGGAAGUUCCUCUUUUCCAAGCGACCUACGGGCACUCCAUGACUCGGAUCCUCGAUGAUCCUUUCUUCAAAUUUAGAGAGGUUUGUGUUCCUAGACCCGAUAAGGGAUACAGACGGCAAUUCCGCCUUUUGAAACGCGCUUCUUUCCUCAACAGAGAGGUCACAGCAGCCGGAACCGAAGAGAGCUGGCCCGCACAACACGAGCCUUCAAGUCAGAUGGCGUGCUAUCAGCGACCGGUAUCCGACGAAUUUAAGCCCGUGGAUCGGGAGGUGGAAAAAUUGAUUCUACAAUGGACAACACUGGAGCGAGGAGAGAUGGAGAUAGAUAUGGAAGAGGAAGUGGACGAGACCAAGUGA